AUGGUUUCAUCAACCGUUUUGAAGAUUCGUCAUCCACUUUUCCAUUUACAUCGACUCCCAUUUGAUGUACUCUUACUAUUGUCAUACGCCUUGAUCUCAUUCACUUUUUAUCUCCUCGUCGCUACUGUAUUUCUCCGAUUCCGACAAAAAUGUAAAUUUAUCGAGAAACCAUUUGUCGUUCUUCUAAUAGCCAAGAUCCCCACCGAUUUGUUGUUAAUUUUACUAUCAGUAAUUCAAAUCUAUAUCGAGUACGCUUUUUAUCAUCACAUUCAAUUGCCUCAAUAUCGGCCGAGUUACAAAAUCUUCACCUGUUUUGUGGAAUUGAUUGAACAUAUCGUUUGUCAACAAUGUCUCUCACUCAUUUUUUGCGCUUUCACAACAUUUACACAUGAAAGACUUAUACAGGUAUGGACAAACACGAGAAUCAUCUUGGUCACGAUCAUUCAAAUUGUGAUCGCGAUUUUCUUGGAUGGACCAAAACUUUUGAAAUUCUGUUAUAAUUCGACGCCGGAUGUAUUUGUUUUGCAUGCGGCUCGAUUGGAGGAUAGCAAAGGAAAGGAUGUCCUCGAAUCGUCAUCCCUUUUGAUUCUUUGUGGUUUCCUUUCAAUGAUGACUGUUUAUUCGAGAGAAAAGAAUCGACAGCUCAUCAUUUAUGAUAGAAACAACUCCAAAGAUUUUCGUGUUCUCGUUUCGAUUCUGAUCGGAUUUAUCUUUCAUGUUGGCCGACAAUUUGUCUCCGAUUCAACAAGAGAUUCUGUCAAAGAGAUUCAUGAUUUUUCGAGUAAUUAUAGAUGUCAUACUCUGAUCAUUUUCUCUUCAAUCACUCCAUGGGCACUGAUCACUUUCCAUAAAACGAUUCGGAAGAGAAUUUUCGAUAUAACUUGUCUCAACCAGGUUCUCUCUAUCUCGCUUAAAAAGAAGAAUUCCACAAAAAUCUUGAUUUACGAGGAUGAAAUCGAUAAAUGUUUUUCGUUAUAUGGACGUCCCGAUGAUCCGGUUGCGUUA